AUGGCGUCGAGUAAUAACGAUGAUUUGUAUGCGGUUCUGGGAUUGAAGAAGGAAUGUACGAAUACAGAACUCCGUACUGCUUAUAAGAAGCUUGCUCUUAGAUGGCAUCCAGAUCGGUGUUCGUCAAUGGGGAAUUCAGAGUUUGUAGAAGAAGCAAAGAAGAAAUUUCAGACCAUCCAAGAGGCCUACUCUGUUCUGUCUGACUCCAACAAGAGGUUCAUGUAUGAUGUUGGAGUUUAUAAUAGAGACGAUGAUGACCAAAACGGAAUGGGAGAUUUCUUGAACGAAAUGGCGACAAUGAUGAACCAAUCAAAGCCUAGUGAGAACAAUACAGGGGACAGUUUUGAGCAGCUGCAAGAUCUGUUCAACGAGAUGUUUCAAGGAGACGCUGCGGCAUUCGCAUCAUCACCUUGCUCCGCUUCAAGUUUCACAGCUUCCUCUUGUAGUUUUGUGUUUGAGACGGAGGAUCAGCGGUCAAGGUCGUCGUUUGAGACGAGUUCGAUGGGGAUUAACAUUGAUAACCCUUUCGGAUUUGAUCCCAGAGCUCACUCCUUCUCUUUAGGGGUGGAACAUCAGCAGGAUUUCAAGAAGGGGAAGAGCAAUGGAGGAGGAAGAAGAAACAGAAGGAAGAACAAUGUUCAAUCCCAAACGUCUUCGUCCAGCAACUAUGGAGUCCCCACUUCGUAG